AUGUCUUGGAACCUUCAAAGCCUUCCUCUCAAACUCGAAGUACCUGUUCCUUCGGACAUUGCGAUCUCGAGAAGUCAAACUCCGAAAAAUAUCGAACAGAGGUGGGUAUUCUACAUGAAGAACUCGAUCCCUACGGAAGGAAAAAAGCCAAGGUAUCAGUUGGAUGUUCUGCGAAGAUUAAAACAUGUGAAGGACGGAAAAUACGUCGUAGUUGCUGGUAUCACACCCACACCGUUGGGCGAGGGAAAAUCAACUACGACGAUGGGAAUCGUGCAGGCCUUGACGGCCCAUCUUCACAAGAAUUCUUUCGCAUGUGUUCGACAACCGUCACAAGGUCCAACGUUUGGCAUCAAAGGAGGAGCAGCUGGAGGAGGAUACGCUCAG